AUGGUGCGGACACUUUGCGUGAAAUUCCUCGGCAUUCGGAGGAUCUUGCACUUCUUGCGCGAGAAGCUGGGCUAUCAGUGCUGGCUGAGUUUCCUGGCCUUUCAUGAGUCGCAGCCAAGAGGCACCAGCCUGACUCAUGCCAGGGACCUCGUUCCUGAUGAAGGGUUGCCAGCUGCGAAGCUGGGCUCGGAGAAGCUGUGCCGGGAAUCGCUGGCAAUGUUGAUGGACGGAGCCGCGGACGAGGCCUUGGAGGAAGCGCUGCAAGGCAAUCCGCACAUGAACGCGGAAGACUUGUUGUCCACGGCGGCGCUGGAAGGCAUUCUCAUGUGGAAAAAAAUUCAGGAGUUGCGCGCUGGAGAGGAGCGUGAACGCUUGCUCUCCGCAGCAAGUGCCUUGGCCAGUGCCGCCCCCAGUGCGGUCCCUGCAGCAGCGUGUGGCGAAGUGGAUGCCGAGACUGGUGGGCCCAGCAGGGCAUCGGAGGAGGUGGCUGUCGUGGAGGACGAGGUAGCCGAGGUCCCACUGCCAGCGUGGACCAAGUACUUCCCUGAUCUCAUCAUUCCAGACUCGAUGGUUGAAACGUUCUCGGGGAAGGAUGAGACGGUGCUUGCGAAGCUCCAUCAGUUCGCCUCGGCGCGUGUGCAAAGCACCGUCACGUUUUGCGAGACGCCGCGAACGGACAUGCAGCAUUUCUUGCAGCAGCACCCGAUGCUGUCGUCGCGCAACCCAGAUGACAGAGUGGUCUUCUUUUAUGACUGCAAAGCCGACAACGACAAGUUCUCGGAACGGUACCCGACGAGGCCGUGGUUUCUACUCCCACCGCUGGACGAAAGUCACUUGUUGAAAUGCUUGACUGCGGCCGUCCCGGAAGACAGAGACAUGUUCGUCAUCCUAGAUGCUCGCCGCCUGGAGGCAUCCAACAAGUUCAAGAAGGCCAUCAACAAAAGUCCGAAAUGGAAGGGCGCGGCAAGUUUCUUGGUCCGACUUUGCUACGACAAUCAAGAGUUCGGCAACGAAGGUUUCGCUUCUUCGAGGGCACGCUCGAGCAUCGCCGCGCUGCCCGAACCCAUCGAAACCGUGAUGGUGCUGACCCAAAAGGAUGUCUCCUUGCAGAACCGCGACCGCAAAUUCUUAAACCUUCCCGGCAACUCCUUCACCCGAUCGUUCAGUGGCAUUCGCUUGAGGACUGGCGAGGACCACAAUGUGCGGAUUCCCAAGUCAGUGAUGGCAGAGGUGCAGAAGGAUCUCAGCGUGCAGGGUGAUGGCAGUGCUGCGGACUCAGGUGCCAAGGCCGACGCUGCAAGCACAACGUUUGGCUCGGAGCCGGAUGAAGAGGGCUUGGCUUGGUUUCCAGGGACAUGCGAAGAAGGCGUGUUUCUGGAAAUGCUCAACUUCUGGGCGCAACCUCAGGAGACCGUCGUCGUCAGCAUGACGGCUGGCUACGGGCAGUUGGAGCUCGCAUGCAUCCGCACGCAAACACAAUGCUUGACUUUGACAUUAAAUGCGACGCACCGAAAGGUCCUGCUGCAGCGGCUCAUCCUGGUUGUCAUGGUGCACACGCUCCGAGGCUCCACCGACUUCACUGGACAACGGAACAUGGCCGUGCAUCCCGUGCAAGAGCCAAGCGAGGCCGUGGCCGCUGCGGCAACUCCGGGCCCGGCAGCUGCGACCCCGGCAGCA